AAAUAUUGUCUGCUGGCCUCUGGACUGGGUGACCAAGACCAAAGUCCGACCCUGUUUACGUGCGCCGCUGGGUGAAGAAGAAACCGGAGGGGGUGGAGAGAGAGAGAGGGAGAGAGAGAGAGAGAGAGAGAGAAGGAGGGCGGGAGGGGGAGAGAGAGAGAGAGAGGGAGACGGAGAGGGAGAGAGAGACUGCAAUAUCAUUUGUGAAUCCCUCUCACAGUGCUGCAGAUAGGGGCUGCCAACACAUGCGGCGCGUCUGCAGGUGAGGGAACAGGCUGAAUAUGCUGGACACACUGAGGAAUUCAACCACCGUUUCCUAAAAAGAAAAAAAAACGCGCCGGAUUUACGUUUUUGAAAAAGUUUUUUCGCUUGAUUUUUUCUAAAAAAAAAAAAACCCACACACAACCUUUAUUUUUUUAAAAGGAGGUUGUGCAUUGUGGAGUUGGGAGGAGAGAGAACUAUACCUCUUGUCUGGGGGUUUUGCAAGUGACUUGGAGAGAAGGAAGAAGGAAGAGAGAGCGCGGAUAGGCAAAACCGGACAGGUACCAUUUUUCGCUUCACAUUCGCAUCCGCAAGAACGGAGUUGACAGGCUCCGCGCAGCCAACACACACGUACACACACACACACACACACACACUCUCUCUCUCUCUCUCUCUCGCCGUAUGAUGAGUUUGGAAACUGCGCGGGCAUUUAAAUGAUCCUCUGACAUAUGUGGACAUAUCAUCGGACAGGGGGAUAUUGCAGCCUCACCUCCUCCCCACGAAAAGGAGAAACUGUGAGUAAAAAAACCCGCGCGAUGUGGACUGACUAUACUUUCUGGUGAUAUGAUGUUCGGACUAUGACAUUUUGGCUUUUACGCGCAUGAAAUUCGCAGAUUUGUGGCACCAUCCAGAGCGCACGGAGCCUCUCUGGUGUGUGCGUGUGCGCGCGCGCGUAUGUGUGUCUUUUUUUUUUUUUUUUCUUUUUUGAACACCGUUGCGGUUUUUGUUGCACUAAAACAAGGAAAGAGCAACUAACAUCCAGUUGGUGGAGGUUGGAAAAGCAGGGGUAGGAGAGCAGGAAAGCCCGUGCACUUGCUGCUUUUCACUGCAGCAGGAGCGAUGUAGGGAAGUCGUCCGGAGGAUGAAGUCUCACACAUCCCGAAACCGAGGGCUUUGCUCUUAAUGAAAACGAUAUUUCUUUCCCUCAAUCGGACUUUCCAUUAGUGAUUAAAUUAUUUUUUUGGACAUUUUCCCCCCAAAAUCUAAGUGGACAUUUUCCAGGGAAGAACAAUGAGGACUACUGGUGCAGUGGACUAUUUGUACUAUUGCAUGCUCAUCCUGCAGCUUGUGCAUCAGCCCGCUGCCAAGCAAGUGCUCCGGUACCGUUUAGCUGAGGAGGGACCCGCCGAUGUGAGAGUAGGAAACGUAGCCGCCGACCUGGGCAUCGUUGCCGGGUCCGGCGAGGUGACAUUCACGCUCGAAUCAGGCUCUGAUUUUUUCAAAAUAGAUAAUAUAACAGGUGAGCUCACCACCAACGAGAGGCGGAUAGACCGUGAAAAAUUACAGCAGUGCCAAAUGAUAUUUGAUGAGAACGAGUGUUUUAUAGAUUUCGAAGUGUCAGUCAUCGGACCGGCCCAGAGCUGGGUCGAUCUGUUCGAGGGAAAAGUCAUCAUAUUAGAUAUAAAUGAUAACACCCCGUCUUUCCCUUCCCCUGUCCUGACACUGUCUGUGGAGGAAAACAGACCCAUUGGAACCCUUUAUCUGCUGCCCACUGCCACAGACAGAGAUUUUGGCAGAAAUGGAAUAGAGAGAUAUGAGCUUAUCCAGGACAAUGGGGAGAACUCAAGGCGCUUGGGUUCUUCUGGGGAUUCAUACUCGGGAAAGAGGAGGUUUGAUGAAGGCGCGAGCAGGAGCAGUGUCUUUGAACUGCAAGUUGCUGACACUACUGAUGGAGAGAAACAGCCUCAACUCAUCAUUAAAGGGGCCCUUGAUAGGGAACAGAGAGACUCCUAUGAGCUCACGCUGCGUGUUAGGGAUGGAGGAGAUCCCCCUCGCUCUUCCCAGGCCAUUCUGAGGGUGAUGAUCACUGAUGUGAAUGACAACAGCCCUCGGUUUGAGAAGAGCGUGUACGAAGCCGACCUACCAGAAAACAGCUCCCCUGGUGCCCCCAUACUCCAGCUCAAAGCGGCUGAUGCAGACGUCGGGGUUAAUGGUCAAAUAGAAUAUGUGUUUGGGGCAGCCACAGAGUCAGUAAGGAGGCUGCUGAGGUUGGAUGAGAGCACAGGGUGGCUGAGUGUGUUGCACCGCAUUGACCGUGAAGAAGUGAGCCAACUGAGGUUCACAGUAAUGGCCCGUGACCGAGGCCAGCCACCCAAAAUGGACAAGGCCACUGUGGUGUUGAACAUCAAGGAUGAGAACGACAACGUCCCUGCUAUAGAGAUAAGGAAAAUUGGACGCAUUUUCUUAAAAGAUGGUGUAGCCAAUGUGGCUGAGGAUGUGGUGGUAGACACACCCAUUGCCUUAGUUCAAGUGUCAGACCGUGACCAGGGAGAGAAUGGCAUAGUGACCUGCACAGUGGUAGGGGAUGUGCCCUUUCAGCUCAAACCAGCCAGUGAAAUGGAGGGAGAGCAGAAUAAAAAGAAAUAUUUCCUCCACACGUCUGCACCCCUGGACUAUGAGGCCACACAGGAAUACAAUGUGGUCAUCGUGGCUGUGGACUCUGGAAGCCCAAGUCUGGCAAGUAAUAACUCUCUUAUCGUCAAAGUGGGCGACACUAAUGACAACCCUCCUAUCUUUAGCCAGAAUGUAGUAGAGGUGUCGUUUCCAGAAAACAAUGCCCCUGGCGAGAGGGUGACAACAGUAGCAGCCAUCGACGCAGAUAGUGGGAAGAACGCUGAAAUAGCCUAUUCCCUUGACUCAUCAGUAAAUGGGAUUUUCUCUAUCGAUGCAGACAGUGGAGACAUCCGAGUAAACACCAUUCUGGAUAGAGAGCAAACGGAGCGCUACGAAUUCAAAGUGAUAGCCAAAGAUAAGGGCAUAAACACCCUUCAAGGUUCUGCAACAGUGGUUGUCCUUGUGGCCGAUAAGAAUGACAACGAACCAAAGUUCAUGCAGGAUGUGUUCACCUUCUAUGUCAAAGAAAACCUUGAGCCAAACAGCCCAGUUGGCAUGGUUACAGUCAUCGACGCAGAUAAAGGCCAAAAUGCAGAGAUGAGUCUCUACAUAGAAGAAGAGGAGGAUAUCUUUUCUAUUGAGAAUGACACUGGGACUAUUUUCUCCACUCUAUCCUUUGACCGAGAGCAAAAAACAACAUACACCUUCCGUGUUAAAGCUGUGGAUGGCGGUGACCCUCCCAGAUCCGCCACCGCCACAGUUUCACUUUUUGUCAUGGAUGAAAAUGACAACGCACCAACGGUCACUUUCCCAAUAAACAGCUCCUACACCCUUCUUCCUCCCUCCAGUAACAUCAGAACAGUAGUCAGAACUGUCAUAGCCACUGAUACUGACACUGGCAUCAAUGCUGAUCUGAACUACAGCAUCAUUGGGGGUAACCCUUUCAAGCUAUUUGAGAUUGAUGGUGGCACUGGGGUCAUCUCACUGGUGGGGAAGCUGGAGCAGAAGCAUUAUGGCCUCCACAGACUGGUGGUCCAGGUGAACGACAGAGGGCAGCCUUCACAGAGCACCACCACACUGGUUCAUGUGUAUGUUAAUGAGACUCUUUCUAAUUCCACAGUCGUGGAGGCCCAGGUGGCAAAAAGCCUGAGUACGUCUCUCAACACCAACAUUGCCGGUGACCCCAACUAUGAUCUAAGCAAACAAAGGUUAAGCAUUGUAAUCGGAGUAGUUUCAGGCAUCAUGACAGUAAUUCUCAUUAUUCUUGUUGUUGUCAUGGCCCGUUAUUGCCGACCCAAGAAUAAGAAUGGCUACGAAGCUGGCAAAAAGGAUCAUGAAGAUUUCUUCACACCACAGCAACAUGACAAAUCAAAGAAACCCAAGAAAGAUAAGAAGAAACAGAAGUCUAAACAGCCACUCUACAGCAGCAUUGUCACUGUAGAGGCCUCCAAACCCAAUGGGCAGCGCUAUGACGGCGUCAACGAGAAGCUGUCAGACAGUCCAGGCAUGGGCCGCUACCGCUCAGUCAACGGAGGGCCCGGGAGCCCAGAUUUGGCCCGGCACUACAAGUCCAGUUCGCCACUCCCCACUGUCCAACUUCACCCGCAGUCGCCAACAGCUGGAAAAAAGCACCAGGCAGUUCAGGACCUGCCCCCUGCCAAUACCUUUGUUGGCACCGGAGAUAACAUUUCCCUUGGAUCUGACCACUGCUCUGAAUACAGCAGUCAAACUAUCAACAAGUACAACAAACAGCCGUUUCGCCGAGUGACCUUCUCGGUGGUGAGCCAGCCCCAGGACCCUCACCAGCAGGGAUCGCUGCAGAGCUGCUACGACAGCGGCCUGGACGAGUCGGAGACGCCCAGCAGCAAGAGUUCGUCAGGCCCCCGGCUGGGUGCCCUCCCCCUGCCUGAGGACAGCUACGAGAGGACAACGCCGGAUGGCAGUGUCGGUGAGGCAGAGCACAUGGAAAAUGACUCCCGGCCCUUGCCUGACGUAGCCAUGACUGGCAAGUGCACCCGGGAAUGCGACGAGUACGGCCACUCGGACUCCUGCUGGAUGCCUGUGCGCACGUCGCCCGAGCGACGGCCAUCCAAGUCAACCACCACACCCCAACAACCAAAGCUUUCCACCUUCAUGAGCGGCAACGGCAGCGGCAGCAGCAGCGCCGAGCAGCCCGGCAGCCAAGAGACCCUCGCCAUGGCCGCCAUGGCCAACGGAGACCCCACCGCCGCUCACAUGAUGGGCGACCGCAAUCGCAACCUGCUCAACAAGAAGAUGGCCUCCUCCUCCUCCUCCUAUGAGGCCUUCGGCUCGCCCUCCUACGGCUCACCGGGAGGCGGGGAGGAGGCGCUGGGCCACCCCACUGAGGAGAUCCCUCUGGCACCUACCGGGGAGUACAAGCCCACGUCCUGUGGCACCCUGACGCGACGGGAGGUGUACCUGUGAGCUCGGGGGGGUUAGUCACACCUGCUGUGCCACAACAUAUGGCAUUAAAACACAACACUAAGCGUAACUGCUUACCCACCACCAUUACAGCUCUAGAAGCUUUUUAGCCACCCUUGUUCUGUGCAAGGUAGGACUAAACUUUCUCCAAAGACUUUUACGACAGCUCCUUAAUGAAAAAUCUAAGCGGAUAGAUAAACGUAGUACCAUUUUUUUAAAGUGCUAAUUCCGGCCAUGACCUGGAAGAAAGGAGGAGGAGGAAGAACUGUUGCGGGCACUGAUUGGACUUUUUUGGAUGAGGCUGUUCUACUGGCGAGUCGGGCUCUUGGGACACGAUCUGCUGCCUGACAGUCAACCUGUACAAUACUCAACUCAUUUUACAUAUACAGUUACAUGCAUGCAUUAACCCCCCUCCUGUCCCCCAUGAAGGCCUCCGUUCCCUGAAGAUGACACUGUAUAAAAGAGACAGUUUCUUUUUUCGGUUUAUGUUUUUUCUAGAAACAAAGCUGUACAUGUGGACUAUUUUGACUUCAAAGUGUGUCUGGUUAUGCCUUUUUUUUUAUUAUUUCAGAACAGGGCAACACUCUGGCCACGGGACUCUGUGGCUGCGACAAUAUACUGGACAUAAUGGUCCCUGUAUGUGGAUUUUGUCAUCUUGACUGUUUGUGAUAAAAGUUGCUCGAUAGCAGAACAAAACUUGACCAUAUUCAAAUCUUAUAAGGACAGGAAAAAGACUAAGCUUUAAGUACCAGGCCCUGAAAACAACAUUUAUUUCAGUUCUCUCUUGAAAUGGAUGGAAAUGGGAGCCAGUGGAAUUUGCUGCAACUACCCCUUGGUUCAGACUCCAACCCCACUGGUAUGGACACAUGAUGACUGAUUCUAACUUACCAGUGAAAAGUCACUCAUUGUACAUAAACAUUUGGACCCCAGCAAACGACGCUAACUGCCCUCAUUCCCCUUUUGUCUCUGGUACUUUCCCUCAGUCUCUCUGUUCUCUGUCUUUGAUUGGCAACACCAAGACCAAACCCCCCCCCCCCCCCCGUUUUAAGAGAUGCAAGAUCUUAGAGCCAUGACCCAUCAUCACGUUGGCUGGAAAAGCAUGUGUGUACAUGGUUGUGUGUGUUCGGAUCGCCUCAGCGGGGAUGCUGCUUACCCCUGUUUUUGCUCAUAACACACACAUGUAGACACACACCCACGCACAUAUAUACAGCAGUGGAAGCAGAUUUAUUUAACUGAGGCCAGUGGCACUGCUGUACUGACUGAAAAUCCUGGGUGAGCACAGUGUGUGGCAUGCUGAGAUUAAAAUUAUGGAGGGGUAAUUGAAAUUGUAUGUGUGUAUGGGCCAGAUAUGCAGUAUAUAGUAUGUGUGUAUAGGCCAUAGUUAGUGUAUACUAUAGAUGUACACCAGUAAUAGGCUUAGAUGGGGGUGUAAACAUGGCCAAGCUGGUCCUAAAACAACUGCAAGGACAGCUUUUUACUGUUAUUCCUUUUUUUUGUGUGUGAUAGACUGAGCAAUAAAUAUCAUAAUGUACAUGUGACCAACCAGCAUCAACUUCUUUUUCACUUCUUCUCAAGCCUUCAAGGUGACAUUAACCCACACGUGGCUGUCCUAGAGUCCUUUUAGCACUAGUAGAUGUUGCUUUCCAUAGUAUGUGGCGAUGGCAUCUUUGAGCACGAAUGUAAGAAUCAGCUCAAUGGAAGAACAAUCAAAAAGCAACGACCGAAUGAGCAGAUGCCAGGAAGUUUUUGGGAUUACAGGCCGAGAGAGAAAAACACAAAAAGAAAAAAAAAAAAAGGUGUCAAAGUGAAACCAAAGCUUCGCGAGCAGGAUGAAGCACCGCCGCCCCCACUUCUCAUUACACACAAAAAUAGCUUUCUGGGAGAACUUUGCUUUAAGUACACAGUACAUGAAGAAUUUUUGUAAUGAAGGAUUGAGCUCGAACGCUAAGAAUGUGAUGUCUCGACUAAACAUCCGUCAACAUCCUCCGAGCUGACGCUUAACGACCACUUACACACAUACAUAACAAUGUUGGGAUGUUGUGCCUCCUUGUCUACAGUGAUUUUUUUUUCUUUUUUCGCAGCUACAGAGGCGUAAAAUCUCAUGACUGUAAUAAAGCAAAAGAAUAUCAGAUGCAAUGGAACUUUUUGUAUGUUAGCAAAACCCCUUUGGUUUGACCGGAGCUGCUUUUUCAGCAUCCCGGCAAUCUAUAGUCUGUAAGUACUACUCGUUGUUCGAAAGAAAGUGCUCCUAUACUUAUCAACUGUAUACAUAAAUAUUUACUUUUUACUGCACGUUUAAUGGGAACUUACUUCACUUACUGAGAAGGAAGAAGAAAAAAAAACUGUAAAACAAAAUGUACAAAAAAAAUGUUAUCCCUGUAAACAUGGAAAUCCACCUUGUUGCUUGCUUUUGUUAUACCUAAAGAUACAUUAGCCAUGUAUUAGCCAACUUAGUACAUCAUUUAAGAGUCUACGUACCAUUUUUCUUUUCAUUUUUUAUACUUCAUUUCAUUAUUGUCUCUUGUAUCACCACAUAAACCCAAAUCUUUCAUAUGUUUCAUUUACAUCAACUUUAUACCAUGAAAUUAGCAAAUUUCUACCUUCAUCUUGUAUUUUUCUUUUUAAUCCCAUACACUGGUUUGUUACACAAUAACAGUCAAAAACCGUGGAAAUGAUCAUGACAAUGUACUAUGUGUUUUACUUUUUUCUUUAUCUGGUGCCACUUUGUAUAUUUAGAGUGCUUCUGAAAAAAGAAACAAACAAAAAAACCUAAAAAAAAAAAAUACUAGAGUGAAUGCAAAUAUGCAAUUGUGCCUUUUUAUACCAAUUGGUAUGAUUAAAUGUUGGUUUGGAAUGGUGCAUAAACAAUGACAUGCAUACAAAAGUAGAUGGGGUGGCAUUUAAGAACGGACUGAAAUACAUUUGCAUAUCUUAGAUGAUAUCCCAUGAUGUCAAAGGCUUCUCGGAGGACGACCAGUCAAAUGUCAGUAAGCCUAUAGGUCUAAUAUUCAAAUGGCUGUUGUUCACUGGGUUCAAUUAUCUUGUUGAAAUAUCCAUUCCUAGCAUAGUGCAUUACUGAAUGAGUACAGGUACAUUCAAAAGUUGCUUGUUGAUAGUAAUAAUAAUGAUAUAAUGGAUUUUUUUGUCGUGUUCCACUCAUGUACAUGUAUGACAUCAGAGGUCAAGUAACCUUCUUUGUGCAUGAAACAAGCUCUAGGACUGAAUAUAGAAGCAUAGAAAGAUAAAGUGGAGGGAAAAAAAGGAAAAAAAAAAUUGCUUGGAGACAUUUGACUGCUCACAGUUGAGGGAGCCUAGAGAUAAAAAUGCUAAUGUGACAGUUUACUAGGAGGAGUGGAAGUGGGGGGAGAGGGAAAAAAAAAAGCUGCAAGGGAGAGUAGCUGACAGAACACA